UCUCUGCGCGUGCGCGGGGGGUGUCUGCCGGGGCCCGCGUGAGGUUUGGUUCCGCCGGCCGGAAGUUGUGCUGCUUUCCCGAAGCCUCCUGUCAACAUGGCCGCGGCGAGCGGGCGGUGCCGGCUCCUCUGGGCAGCAGCUGCUGCACUUGUCUUGACUUUAGAUGCAGCUCCUGUGGAAGAGUUAGAUGACUCGUUUAAAGACAAUCGUAAAGAUGACAUUUGGCUUGUAGUUUUCUAUGCACCUUGGUGUGGCCAUUGCAAGAAAUUGGAGCCUGUGUGGAAUGAAGUUGCUAUAGAGAUAAGAAACAGUGGGUCUCCAGUAAAAGUUGGGAAGAUGGAUGCGACUUCCUAUUCUAGCAUUGCCUCUGAAUUCGGAGUUCGAGGUUAUCCAACAAUUAAGCUCUUAAAAAGUGAUUUGGCAUACAACUAUAGAGGACCUAGAACCAAAGAUGAUAUAAUUGAAUUUGCUAACAGAGUAGCAGGGCCUCUUAUCCGGACACUUCCUAGCCAGAAAAUGUUUGAACAUGUGCACAAGAGGCAUCAUGUAUUUUUUUUGUAUGUUGGUGGGGAAUCUCCUUUAAAGGAGAAAUACAUAGAAGUUGCUUCAGAACUAAUUGUCUAUACAUACUUUUUUUCUGCCUCAGAAGAGGUGCUACCUGAGUAUGUGACACUUCCUGAAUUGCCUGCUGUUGUGGUCUUCAAGGAUGGAACUUACUUUGUAUAUGAUGAAUAUGAAGAUGGUGAUCUAUCAUCUUGGAUAAACCGAGAGAGAUUCCAAGGGUACCUUAAUGUAGAUGGGUUUACACUCUAUGAACUUGGAGAUACAGGAAAACUUGUGGCUAUUGCUAUUAUUGAUGACAAAAACUCUUCAGCUGAACAUACCAGGCUAAAGUCUGUUAUUCAAGAAGUCGCUAAAGAUUACAGAGACCAUUUUCACAGGAACUUCCAAUUUGGCCAUAUGGACGGUAACGACUAUAUUAAUAGCUUACUAAUGGAUGACUUGACAAUCCCCACUGUUGUCGUAUUGAACACUUCCAACCAACAGUAUUUUCUACCAGAUAGAUGCAUUGAGAGUACCGAAGACCUGGUUCAGUUCAUUAAUAGUAUUUUAGAUGGUACAGUCGAAGCACAAGGUGGUGAUGGGUUUCUGCAGCGAAUCAAGAGAAUAAUUUAUGAUGCCAAGUCUACUGUAAUGUCUGUAUUCAAGAGUUCUCCACUUCUGGGCUGCUUUCUCUUUGGUCUGCCACUGGGUGUCAUCAGCAUCAUGUGUUAUGGAAUCUGCACAGUUGACACCCUUGGAGGUGUAGAGGAAAAUGAGACAUCUAAAAAGGAAACUGGAGAUAGGGAACUUACAGAUGAAGGCAGUGAGGAAGAACAAGAGCAGGAAAACAAAGAAAAAUCCGCAGAACUUUCAGAUGGAGAACAUGGACAGAAACAUAUAUUUGAUAAGAAAAAAGACUAGGUUGCCUAGUUUAAAGGAUUCUGUAGAAUUUCAAAAUAGCCUUAUUUAUUGAAGUCAGUCAUUUAAUGAUGAUCUUCACAGAAGAGGACCUUUUGUCUGUAUUUUGCUAGUUUUGACUUGCAUGUAUUCAAAUCUUCUUAUCAAAUAUGGUCAUGGGAAGGGUGGGGACCUGAACGCUUUCUUAAUUAUUUUUGAUUAAUAUUUUAUUAUUCUGAGUGUUGUGUCUGAAGAUUAAUGCUCCUAAACUGUUUCUUCACAGGCAACAAUCAGGUAAAAUAUGCUAUAGCCCUGGCUACACGUGAUAAUCUAGUAAUGUUGUGGCCGGCAUAUAUCAGGAUCAUCUUUUUAUAUGAACAGAAGUGGAAAAAUUGCAAGAAAGUUUAGAAUGAAACUUGUAAAUCUUACACACUCUUUGAAAUUCUGAUGGCUAAAGAUGGCUUGGGCUUUCCAUAAAGACACUUUUAUUUUAGCUACUGUACAUUAUUUUGAAAGAAAUACCUUUUUUAUGUUUUAAAGUUAAUUUGUUAUUAAUUACAGAAAUGCUUUGUUAUAUGGCAGUACUAAAAUCAAUUACUGGCAGUUUCCCACAGAACUUGUGUUUAAAUGCAAGGCCUAAGAGAGAGUUAUUUAUUAAAAUAGUACCUUACUAAUAUUUUAAACAAGAAACAAAGCCAGCCUUCUACAUUUUUCUGCCCUCAACCCGCUUCAAAACUUCACAAAGCAAAACAGCUUACCAGGGAGUCUCCUCUCCCACUUCUGGCUCACCAGAGAGCGACUGCAGAGACUGGAGUGGAGGACAACUCCUGACUGGAUGUAUCAUUGGGCUCUACAUCUUCAGCCUCCACCGCUUCAUUAAUGAUCUCCUCCUCUGGGUUAGGUCCACUUCCCACUGGCUCCAGACCCGCCGAAGUAUCCACAGUGCUCUUUGUGGUGGAGGUGGGCUUGCCACCUAGGAUAGCGUCCAACACCUUAUAAAAACAACACAACAACGCAAAGCACCAGAGCAGACGUUUGUCUCCCUUGUCUUGUGGUACGCGUUCCUCUGCUCCUUCACCUUUGCUCCGCCCUGCAGUGUGUCCUGGUCAUAUCCCUUUUCAUGCAAGCUGUGCGCAUUCUGGCCGUAGGUAUCGAAAUUGCUACAGCUGGAGCUCAGCUGGGACUAGACAGCCUCCUCCCCACAAACACUUAUCAGAUCCAGUAGCUCUGCAGUGGUCCAAGCGGUAGAUCGUUUUCUGCGUGGGGCCACAAAGGUUAGUUGGGAAAAUGCAAUGUGAGCUCUACAUACCGAGCAAACAGGAAGGGGAAUUUCAAAAUUCCCUGGGCUUUAAAGGGGGAGGGGCGGAAUGUUGUUUACCUGAUGUCAGGGCAGCAGAGUUGAAACUGCUGACUAGAGUGGUCAGGAUGAGCACUGUGGGACACCGUCCAGAGACCAGUAAGCGCUAAAAUUAAGCAUGGUGUCUACACUGGCACUAAGGGGCUAAAGUCUUGGUGCAGAAAGACCUAAAACUCUCGUUGGGGUGGUUUUAUUACAGCGCUGCAACUGAGGAGUUUCGGGGCAAAAAGUGGCUUUACAGUAUGUACGCCUCUGCUGUUGUGUUGCCAAAAGCUGCCUUUUGGUGAAAAAACUUGCCAGUGUAGACCAGGCCUUAAGUGCAGAUUGUGACUUAUUUUUAAAGAAAAUUUUUUUAUUUAAACACAUAUUUUUGAACAAGGGUUGGUGUUGAUACUUACAUUGAGAUAGCUUUUGACUACAAAUUGUAGACUGUGGAAGGAAAGUUAAUGGAGCCAUCAUUAGCACUGAUAGAGGGAUAUUUGUCAGUGGAAUGCAUUUUCGUGAGCUAUUUAAUCAUGAAAAUCAUUUUUAAUAUAACCCCAUGACACCGAAUGGGACUAAAUUUUCUCCAGAGUUGAGAUCUCAAGGGAUAAACCACAGAACAACCUUUGUUUGUUUGUUUUUUUGGUUGGCAUUGAUGCAAUGGAGAUUACCAUAGCAACCAAACUUAUGCUCCUCUUUCUCUCACUACUGAAGCUAUAUAAGAUUCAGUUGGAUAGUGAGCCAUGAGCUUUUCUAGCUUUGAUGUUUUUAAAGGACAUAUUAUAAUAUAAUACAAUAGUAAUGUUUUCUGUAUAAGGCAGCUUAAUCACUUAAUAAAUGCUAUAACACUGAAUUAAGAGAAAUAUUUCUAAAUAUAAAUAUGGAUAAUCUUAAAUAGAAGAUUUUGUGUUGGAAUUAAUCUGCAGGUAAAUUGAACUUGAGAUAGCAACUGCUUCGUUCUUUUCCCUGUUGUAAAAGAAAGUUGGUUCUUCUUUUAAAAUAGUUUAGUAACAUCUGGCUUUGUAUAGAAGCUGCAGUGCAGAACACAACAAACUAAAUGCCUGACUUGAGAGACUUUGCAGUGGAAGAUGAGUACAUUGUGGAGAUUAAUAAUUUAUUUUCAGAAAGCUCAUUGGUUUUCUUUGAGCUUUUGUAAUUGACAAAUUUAGAAUCCUGCAUUUUCAUUUUUUUAGGAAAGAGAUUCUCCUACUGUCCCUGCUUGAAAUGAAUAUCUUCCUGUAGGAGAGAAGAAACAUGAGUACUUUUACUUAUCAAAUAUAAAAAUUGCAGUUGUGUAGUAUGGUUUUUUUUGGCCUCCCCCUGCCCCAUGUGAAUUUCCCCUUUUCAUUUAUAAUAAAUAGAAAUACAUAUUUUAAAUUUGGGUAGUUUGGUUGUAAAUAGAAAAUUGAAUUAUCUUUUUAAAUACUUUUUUUUAAGCUGUGGACGACUUUCCAGACCUUUUAGUCUUAGUCUUAGUUGUCUUAUAGUUGAAGAGAUGCUUGUAGUUAUUUUAUAUUUUGUUUCAAAACUUCUUUAAACAUAGUGCAGCUGCAGUUACGUUAUGUUACAAAACACUUCACUUAAUAGUAGGCCACUUGAACUUCCAGUAACUUUCAAUGCUGGCACAACUCAGUGCUAAAUAAUCAGAAUGUGAGUCUGAUCAGUGAGGAAUAUCUUGCUGCUUUAUACAUUAUUUGUGAUUUUUAUUCCGCUGUGAAGGUUUCAGUUAAGAUCUUAGUCUUUUCAGUUAGUUAUUUGAACCUAAAUAUAUAAUUUUGUACAAGGUCAAAAGUUAGUGGCUUUUUGGGGACUUCACUGGUCAUUGUGUUGUGUUUUUAGAAAAAUCUAGAAUUUUUUUUAAAAAAACCCUGGAAUGCUGUUACAUAGAAUUCAGUUUUAACCACCACCCCAUAUGACUUAAUUUUCCUUAGUCUUAUUUUGUCAAUAGUUUCUGUUGCUACAAUAGUAGCCAAACACUUUGUUGAGAAAUGGUCUAGUGAGAGAUGGACCUGGGGAUAAUACCUACAUGCACCAUGAAAGACAGGACUCACUAGUCCCUGGUGUGGAAGUACCAUUAAGCUGCCAAAUUUCUGGUGGUUUGAUCAGUUAGAGUUAAUAGAAGAGUGUCUGUCAGUCACUUUAUGAAUUGUCAGGAUAACCAGAUGUGUACUAACCUACAAAAAUCCAAGCUUUAAAUGCACUGCUGUUUUCAUCAGGCUGUGCGCCCAGCUGUGUCUGCUUAGGAUGUGGAAAACUACACACAAUCUUAUAUUUAAAAUUCCCUUUUAGCUUGAAAUAUGUGUAAAGACAGGCUUGUGGUGUAAAAUGAAAGGAUUUUUGUUUGGUCAUGUAAAGAACUUAGUACACUGAGAGGGGGAGAGGGUUUUCUAUUUUAUCUUGGAUGGAUGCAUUCUCUAAAGGUUUCUGAAAACUUAAUGUACUAACUUCUUGAAUUAAUGAAAUAAUGCUGCUUUUGAGGUCAAAUGUAAGCCUUUGUUUUUCUACAAUAAAGAAAUUGAAAAGAU